CAUCGAACGACGGGCUCGAUGCUGGGCAUAACGGAUAGUGAAUAAGAGAUGCCCAACAUGACAAGAUUCGAAAAUGGAUGACCUUGUGCCCUUACUCGAUCGUGGUUCUCUUUUACCGACUCUAGUGUCUCAUUACGAAGCCUUUACACAGCUUUAUAUUCACCACUGCCCUGGACCUGCGCUUGUUGAAAUUACUGAACCAUUUUUCUGGAGUCUGGCACCAAUGCUCUCGGCCAUCACAUGGCACGCGCUACCGUCCCACAACCGAGGGAUAGUGAAGAAAACGCAAAGAAUGGCAACAACCUAUUUGCCUUCUCGCCAGAGCAACUUUCGCAGCUUACGAACCCGAAAAAUCAUGCCGCUCUCCUUGCAUUAGGCGGACUGAUAGGUUUAGAGAAGGGUCUGAAAACAGACCUCCGGGCUGGAUUGAGCGUUGACGAGGAACAGCCGACUGGGCGAGAUGACAGAGAUCGCUAUGGAUUCGCAAAUCGCAAACGCGUCUUUGGCGAAAAUGUGCUGCCCGAGAAAAAGCCAAAAUCAAUAUGGAGACUCGCCUGGAUCGCAAUGCACGACAAAGUGCUGAUCUUAUUGAGUGUGGCUGCUGUUGUGUCGCUUGCACUCGGCCUGUACCAGACCUUCGGCCCCACGCAGGAAGAAGGCGCGAAGGUCGAAUGGGUGGAGGGGGUCGCCAUCAUCGUCGCCAUCCUGAUUGUUGUGAUUGUCGGUGCAUUAAACGACUGGCAGAAGGAACGGCAGUUUGCAAAGCUCAAUCGGAAAAGAGAAGACAGGCUCGUCAAGGUCGUCCGAUCGGGCAGCACGAUAGAAGUUUCAAUCCAUGCCAUCUUGGUCGGAGAUGUAAUGGUGCUAGAACCAGGGGAUGUUCUGCCCGUGGACGGUAUCCUCAUUGAUGGACACAACGUCAGCUGUGACGAAGCAUCCGCAACCGGGGAGUCAGACCUCAUCAAGAAAACACCCGCGGAUGAUCAUAUCCUUGCGCUCCAGGCAGAGAAAGGAGAUUUCAAGAAGUUUGAUCCAUUUAUGAUCUCUGGUACCAAAGUGUCGGAAGGUGUUGGUACCUUCCUCGUCACUGCAGUUGGCAUACACUCUGGUUUUGGGCAUACUAUGGUGUCUCUGCGUGAGGAGACAGAUCUGACCCCACUACAGUUCAAAUUGAGUGCUCUCGCCGGAUACAUUGCGAAGAUUGGCAGUGGAGCUGGACUGCUUUUGUUCGCUGUUCUCUUCAUCGAAUUUCUAGCUAGAAUCGGUUCAGACGAUCGAAGUGCAGAUGACAAGGCCCAACACUUUAUGAACAUUCUUGUUACGGCGAUUACAAUCAUUGUGGUGGCCGUUCCCGAAGGCCUACCACUAGCGGUUACCCUCGCUCUAGCAUUCGCGACAAAGAGGAUGACGAAGGACAAUAACCUCGUUCGACACCUUCAGUCCUGCGAGACCAUGGGAAAUGCAACGGUUAUUUGCUCAGACAAAACGGGAACUUUAACCCAGAACAUCAUGACUGUGGUAGCAGGGACAAUAGGGGCUGGGACUAUAUCUUUCGGCGAUCGCAGCAAUGCCGCAGAAGAACCGACCUCCGCCUCGCCUCCAGCGCCCUAUACUAGACCUAUGAAACGAACUCACCUAUCCCAUGGUGUCGCUGGGGCAGCAAUGCUACCUGCGACUCGAGCUACAGGUCUACGGGAUUCCGAGAAGAAUGCUCUGUCAAUUCUUCCUCCACGGUUACGGGAACUCCUAAAGCAGUCGGUCGCUGUCAACACUACCGCGUUCGAAGGGAAUGAAAAGGGGACGCUGACCUACAUAGGAUCUAAAACCGAGACCGCCCUCCUCGACUGGGCCAAACGGAAUUUUGGGUUGGGUCCACUCAGCGUUGAGAGGUCCAACUACCCUUUGAUUGAGCUGUACCCAUUCGACUCUCGCCGGAAAUACAUGGGGGCCGUGGUCAGGUCAUCAAGUGACCAAUAUCGCCUCUUCGUCAAAGGAGCCCCGGAGAUCAUACUGGAACGGUGCACUUCUGUACUAAUCGAGCCUCUGGACCAGCUGGGACAUGGACCCCUAGAGCUCGCUCAAAGGAAGACACUGACGGAGGUUAUAUCCACAUAUGCGUCCCGCUCUUUGCGGACUCUGGCAAUUGCAUACCGCGAUUUUGAUCAGUGGCCGCCGACGACGAAAGCGAGCUCAAACCCAGACGUGACCGACCAGCCACAAGCAUCAGAUGUCUUUGAGCAGAUGAUUCUCGUAUGCAUCGUCGGGAUCCAGGACCCAGUCCGCGAUGGCGUACCCUCGGCAGUGAAAGAUUGCCAACGUGCGUCGGUGGCCGUGAAAAUGGUGACAGGCGAUAACAUCGAAACGGCCAGGGCCAUUGCCAAGGAAUGUGGCAUUCUCGAGGAUGAUGGCUUGGUAAUGGAAGGAGCCCAAUUCCGCAACCUCGACAAGCGCGAGCUGCAAUCAGCCGCUAAACGUCUUUGCGUCCUUGCGCGGUCCAGCCCGGACGAUAAACGCAUCCUGGUCAAAGUUCUGAAGGAGCAGGGGGAAGUGGUUGCGGUCACGGGAGAUGGUACGAACGACGCAGCAGCACUGAGAGCCGCCGACGUGGGAUUUUCAAUGGGAAUUACAGGAACUGAAGUCGCUAAGGAAGCCUCCGACAUUAUCCUCAUGGACGACAACUUCUCAUCCAUCGUUAAGGCCUUGGCCUGGGGCCGCACGGUGAACGACUCUGUGAAAAAGUUCCUCCAGUUUCAAAUUACUGUCAACAUCACAGCCGUUAUACUCACUUUUGUCUCGGCGGUUUCGAACGACGACGAAGCGUCCGUGCUCAAUGCGGUUCAAUUACUUUGGGUCAACUUAAUCAUGGACACGUUUGCGGCGUUGGCCCUUGCGACAGAUCCCCCCAACUAUAGCGUCCUAGAGAGGAAGCCUGAACCUCGCUCUACAGCGUUGAUCAACGUCACAAUGUGGAAGAUGAUCAUGGGUCAGUCACUCUACCAACUCACGGUUACAUUCAUCCUCUACUUUGCUGGGCCUGACUUCCUGCACUAUCCUACCGAGGAGCAGAAGACUUUAGUCUUCAACGUCUUCGUGUGGAUGCAGAUCUUCAAACUUGUCAACAGCAGGCGCAUCGACAACAAACUCAAUAUCUUCCAAGGGCUGCACAAAAACUGGCUGUUCCAGCUGAUGUUCACCAUCAUGGCGGUGGGCCAGGUGCUGAUUGUGUUUGUGGGUGGAGAUGCAUUUGUGGUGACAAGGCUGAAUGGCGUCCAGUGGGCCAUUUCUUUGGUCUUGGGCUUCAUGUCCAUUCCGGUGGGCAUCGUCAUACGGCUUCUUCCCGAUGCUGUGGCAGGCACGAUUAUCCGGUGGGUGGGUAAAUUGUGGCGGUGGCUCGUGCCAGAAGUGAUCAGGAAGAGGAAAUCCAGAUCAACAAACCUGCUGCCGGUCGACGAGGCUGACGAGGCUGACCAAGUGUUUCGCAGUGUUCGAGAAGGCCUAGCUUUCCUAAAACGAAUCCGUGGUGGUCGAAUUCGUCUCUUAGGGCAAGGUAUCAUGCACCCCAUCGAGAUGGUGCGGCGCUCCUCAGUAGCAUCAGGGUCAUCCAUUCCACCGAUGCACGCUGCGAUUGCAAUGCCAGGAAUUUUGGCAGCCGGCCCUGGAGGAUUGUCCCCGUGCCGGCCUCCCUCUCUUGUGUCGGAAUAUUCUGAGUCUCGGCCAGUGUCCGCCCACAGCCGAUCCGGCGGAGGAGCGUAACCCUCUGGGGUAUUGUCUAAUUUGCUGCUGUAGAUCCUAUGGCAUAUACGGAGUACCUAGCUACUCUCUCUAUUGUCAAGCAUAGAAAUACGGAUGGGCCUCGCGCAAGGCUGAGGGUAACCAUAUUGGUGCUAGACUAUUGGUUCUUUAUCGUUAUCGCCAUUUCCCCGCGGUGUCGAGGCGUUUACGAGGCACCGAGUCCCAAUCAUCGAGUCAGUGCCUUGGGCCAAAAGUA